CAAGCGGUUCUCCCCAUCCGAAGUGAUCAAAAAUUUCCCACUUGCUUGCUCCUCUUUGUCUCUGUCCUCGAACCGUGACGCUCAUCGCCUUUCUCUCGUCUUCUUCCCUCACUCCGCAAUGGCUGUCGACGUCUUCUCAGUACCGGUGUUCCUCGUGGUCUUUAGAGAGUCUCUGGAGACUGUCAUCAUUGUCUCGGUCCUGCUCGCUUUCCUCAAGCAGACCCUCGACGGGCCAAACAGAGAUUUGGCUGUGUACAAGUCCCUGCGUAAACAGGUCUGGCUCGGUACGGGCAUUGGCUUCCUGAUAUGCCUGGUUACAGCGGGCGCCGUCAUCGGCGUCUUCUACAAGCUCGGUCGUAACAGCUGGGAUGCCAAUGAACUUUACUACGAGGGCGCCUUCUCACUCGUUGCCGCCAUCAUCAUCACAAUCAUGGGGGCCGCCCUGCUCCGCAUCGGCAAGAUGCAGGAGAAGUGGCGUGUCAAGCUCGCAAAGGCCAUGGAGACCCCCAUCAAGACCGGUGCCGGCCGGGGGUGGUUGAAGCACUUCGCCGAGAAGUAUGCCAUGUUCUUCCUUCCCUUCAUCACCGUUCUCCGGGAAGGCAUCGAGGCCAUCGUUUUCGUCGCCGGUGUUUCCUUUUCCGCCCCUGCCACUGCCGUGCCGCUCCCGGCAGUGGUCGGGUUGGCAGUAGGCGCCCUGGUCGGCUAUGUCUUGUAUAAGGGUGGGUCUACGGCCAAGCUACAAGUCUUCCUCGUCGUAUCUACUUGCCUUCUGUACCUUGUCGCAGCCGGCCUCUUCUCCAGAGCAGUUUGGGAUUUCGAGCAGCAGGAGUGGAACAACGUUGUCGGCGGCGACGCUGCAGAGCUUGGAAGCGGCCCAGGCUCAUACGACAUCGACAAGAGCGUCUGGCACGUCAACUGUUGUAGCCCCGAGCUGAACGGCGGCGGCGGUUGGGGCAUCUUCAACGCCGUCUUCGGUUGGACGAACUCUGCGACGUAUGGGUCCGUCAUCGCCUAUAAUGUGUACUGGAUCUUUGUCAUCGCAUGUUUCCUUCUCAUGAGAUUCCGCGAGACCAAGGGACGUUGGCCGCUGACGAAGCCCAAACCCUUUCAAAAUGGCGACAAACGUGUUUCUGACGACCUCAGCGGGGGCGAGGAACAGUCUAGAACGUCCGAGAAGGGUAAGGGUACAGCCACUACAAAGACCAUCACUACCUCUUAAAAGGGGAGGGCCGAAGCAAAGCAUCCAUUCAUGCCCCUCCCCCCAACAUUGCCCCACAUGCAGGGUAAAUGGGUAGUUUGGAACAACCAGUGGAAGCCAUUGAGUGAAGGCGAGUAGGCUGCGAAUUGUCGUAGAAGUCACGAAGUAUGGUGUGGCAAGCG